GCGGAAAGUCGCCUUUGCGAUUUCUGGAGAGCGCCCAGCGGGGCCACGGCGUUCCUGCCGGGUCGGUGGUCCAGGGCCGGAGACAGAGAAACGGCUUCCUGGUGCCCCCCCGCCCCUCCCCCUAGGCAGCCCGCACCUCCAGGGCCUGAAGAUGCUGAGAUCGACGUGGCAUUUUCUCAAACGUCACAAAAAGAAAUGUAUCUUCCUGGGCACGGUCCUCGGAGUGCUGUCCAUGCUUCCAACACUGAGAGAGGCCUUAAUGCAGCAACUCAAUUCUGAGAGCCUCACAGCUCUGCUAAAAAACAGGCCUUCAAACAAGUUAGAAAUAUGGGAAGAUCUGAAGAUAAUAAGUUUUACAAGAAGUAUUGUAGCUGUAUAUAGUACAUGUAUGCUGGUGGUUCUUUUGCGAGUCCAAUUAAACAUUAUUGGUGGAUAUAUUUACCUGGAUAAUGCAGCAGUUGGCAAAAAUGGCACUACAGUCCUUGCUCCCCCAGAUGUCCAACAGCAAUAUUUAUCAAGUAUUCAACACCUCCUUGGAGAUGGCCUGACAGAGCUGAUCACUGUCAUUAAACAAGCUGUGCAUAAGACUUUAGGAAGUGUUUCUCUUAAACAUUCUUUGUCCCUUUUGGACUUGGAGCAAAAUCUGAAAGAAAUCAGAAAUCUCGUUGAGGAGCAUAAUUCUUCCUCUUGGACUAAUAACAAUGGAUAUAAAUCUUUAUUAUGCCAUUAUAUGAUGCCAGAUGAAGAAACUCCACUAGCAGUUCAGGCCUGUGGGCUUUCUCCUAGAGAUGUUACCACUAUUAAAUUACUCAAUGAAACUAGAGACAUGUUGGAAAGUCCAGAUUUUAGUACAGUUUUGAAUACCUGUUUAAACCGAGGUUUUAGUAGACUGCUAGACAAUAUGGCUGAGUUCUUUCGACCUACGGAACAGGACCUGCAGCAUGGGAACUCCAUGAAUAGUCUUUCCAGUGUCAGCCUGCCUUUAGCUAAGAUAAUUCCAAUAGUAAAUGGACAGAUCCAUUCAGUUUGCAGUGAAACACCUAGUCAUUUUGUUCAGGAUCUGUUGAUGAUGGAGCAAGUGAAAGACUUUGCAGCUAAUGUCUAUGAAGCUUUUAGUACCUCUCAACAACUGGAGAAAUGACUUUUUCCUUUCAAAAAACCUACAGUGGAAUUAAUUUACUUUUAAAUAUACACUGAAUAAGUCAACUAUAUAAAUAUAGGGUAAUGAUUUGUUACCAAAAUGCCUAAUAAAAAAUAUUCUGAAAGUCUUCAUUCAUAAUAAAAGAUUUAUUUGUCAUCUUUAUUUUUUAAAGUCAUCAACAGACUAACUAGUUUUUGUGGGCAUAUCUGAAUGUACACAGCACACAGAUCAGAAUUUGUUAUACCAUGGAUAUUAGUUCCAAAUGGACUGAAAACUAAAUGUAGAUACUUGUUUUGUAUAAUAUGAAACUCAGUAUACUUUGACAUUGAUACUGAGGUAAAAUCUCUUUGGGAAGUAGGUGUGAGGUUUGGAAAAUAUGCUAUUUAAUGAAUCAAAGUUCACUGAACUGCAGCAUACAGUAGUAAAUCAGACUUUUCUCCAGUUACCCCUCAAAGGAUUAAAUUAUGUGUCUUAAAUAUAUUUGAUGGAGGACUUUGCUUUUUAUGGAAAUCAGUGAAUUUAACAACCAUGACCAGCAUUCCUUUUUCUUCACUGUUGUUAACAAUCCUUAGAAAAUCACAUAGUGAUUUAGAGGCUAAAUUGUGUUGAUGCCGUUUACUCACAUUAUUUUAACUACAUACUGUCAUUCAUUUGUAUGUAAAUAACUUUAAUAACUUACUUUGUAUUGAUUUUAAGCACAGUGGAUAUUGCAAUAAAAUAUUUUAGUAAAA